UUGAGUGGAAUUUGGACAAAGUUCCUGUCUUUCAAAAAGACCACAAGAGAGAAACAGGCAAACAAUCGCUAAAUAUACAGAGCGACUGGACUUAAAACUGUACAAAUGGGCCAAGUGCGUAACAGGAGGACGGCGUAUUAGGAGAAGUCCAGGAGUACCUGCCCGAAACCAGGUGUUUCUCUCGCGGAGGCCAACUGAAAGGGCGUUGUGUGUGCGUGCUCGGAAUACUAAGGCAUCUCCCUCAUCAUGUGUCGUGCAGGGCUCUGCGGUGGCGGUGGCGAGGGAGAGGAGGGGAGCGGGGCCGGGGGUGCACGUGGCAGGCGAUCCAACACCCACUCCGGGUCGGGAUCCCAGUACGCGCUGUGUGCCCUGGGGGUGGGGCUAGUGGCACUGGGCGUGGUUAUGAUCAUAUGGACCAUCGUGCCAUUCGAUGCAGGAAACAGCACUCACACCCCCAGUCCAGCAAGUGGCAGUGAUGAUCAAGAUGAGGAGACAGAGUCUAAGACUAAGACCUCCUCCGUGGCGUUCGUAUUGGUUGGUUCGGGCGUAGUGAUGCUGCUAUUGGCUAUCUGCCUGGGCCUGAGGAACAGGAAGAGGCUGCAGAGACGAGCCACGGAGCAAGGAGUCGGGAGACAGUAUAUGGACCGCGUACCCGGAGAAGAGUCUGAUGAGCCUGCUCCAGACUACGGUGUGCCGAGCUACGAGGAGGCGGUGGGCAGUGGCCAGUACCCGAUUCGCCAGAGCAACCUGCGCAACAGCACCACCCACCUGCCCUCCUACGAAGACCUCAUCGCAGCCGUGGAGAACGAGACCGCCGACGGCCCCGUCCCAGGGCCUUCCGAAACGCCCGCCGCCGGUGACCCCCCGACCCAACCUGAUGGGGGUGACCCCCCUGCGGCAGCACCCACCCCUGCGCCCGCGGCCGCGCCCGCACCCGCCAACCCCCCCCAGCGGAGUGCCAGCCGUGCCAGUCGGCUGUUGCGGCCGCUUCGCGUGCGUCGCAUCAAGUCUGACAAACUCCAUCUGAAAGAUUUCCGGCUGAACAUCCGCAACCCGCAACCUGGAAGCAUAACCAUCGAGCCCAUCACACCACCACCAAUGUACGACGACAAGGCACCGGAGCUACCCCUCGAAAACACAGAAUGCGACAAGGCCCCCGAACUACCAGAAAACUAGAAACAAACCCCCACACACACACACACCUCAGUACGACGAUAAGGCCCCGAACUACUAUAGAACUAUAAACACACACACACACACACACACACACACACACACACACACACACACACACACACACACACACACACACACACACACACACACGUCAAGCAAACCCCCAGAACUACCAGAAAAUUAAGAAAACUAGAACCCCCUCUAACACACACAUACUCACCAGUAGGACAACAUACAGUAGCCCCACAAACUACCAGAAAACUACACCAUACCCCAAGGUACAAUGACAAAUUCCCCCCCCCCCCCCUUCUCGACCAGCUUGAUGUACAUAUCGGCUGCCCCUCAAAAAUCUCGGAAGACAAUAGAGCUCCCCUCAAUCUAGCAACUCCCUGACACUAGGUGGAGCUACACUUGCAGAUGUCCGUUGACAUCACAGUUCAUGGAGAAAAAAACUAGUAUUUUUCGGUUCGCAUCACAAACCAACGUUCCGCUUCUCGAACGCUCAGACAUGCGAGCGCUCAGACGCCAGUCGGUUCGAGAUUAGAGUGUUGUAACUUCUUACUGCAGAGGGGCCUGUCGACAGGCCUAUUCAAAGCACUCUAUGACACAUCCUGACAUUGCAGAGACAUUGCAGAGCCGAUUAAGACUUGCUCAUUUUGAUGAGCAUAAGGUUAUAACAGUCUCUGCACACACUCAUUUUUCCUUCUGGGAAUAGCAUUGACUCUGGACCCUCUUUGACCUGACUCUCAUUACGAAUGGAGGCAGUGUGUGUGUGUGUGUGUGUGUGUGUGUGUGUGUGUGUGUGUGUGUGUGUGUGUGUGUGUGUGUGUGUGUGUGUGUGUGUGUGUGUGUGUGUGUGUGUGUGUGUGUGUGUUCUCAUGUGCAUUCUCAUGUGUCCUAGCAAC